UGGUGCGCACGUCGGAUGUGAUUGCGGUCGGUUAUAGGGGCGGGAGGAGAGAAAUCCAAGUGGUUAAUCUGAACCGUGCCCAAUGGAGUGCAAGACACGAAUUAUUUUGUUACAUAAUUUGAAAAUUUCAUUCUUAGCAUGUAUGGUCAAAUAUAUCCUUUUGCUGCACUAAUUCAUCUGCAAUACUGUUCUUAGCUUCCGGUAGUCAAGGAUGCUGGUGACUGAUAUCAAGAGAGAUUUUUACCAGGAGCUUCUUGAACAGCGUGUGCUUCUGCUGGUCCACUGUGACGUGGACGCCAUCUGUACAUCAGCUAUCAUCCAGGAGCUCUUCCGCGGGGAUCAUGUGCUUUAUACGCUCAUACCAAUUAAGAGCCCGGACGACCUCCGCCAGUCGUUCAAGGACAACGUGGGCCUGGUGCGACUCGUCAUCCUGAUCAACUGCGGCAUCAUGAUGGACCUGGUGGCCGAGCUGGACCCGCCCAAUGAUGUCACCGUCUACGUCCUAGACUCACACCGGCCGAUGGACGUUAACAAUGUGUACAAUGACGGGCAGAUCCGGAUCGUUUCACCAGUGACCCCUGAGGACGCCGUGCCGCCGUUCGCCGACCUGUACCGCUCCGACUCUGACUCUGACUCCGAGUCCGAGGCGGCCGGCGACGGCGGCGAGAAGCGGCGCCGCUACGACGCGUCGUUUUUGGCGCGGCGCCAGGAGCGGCGCCGCUGGAGCGAGCGGCGCGCGCGCCUGCUGACCGAGUACGCCCAGUUCUCCUACCACGGCGAUAGCAGCGCCCUCCUGGCGUACAGCCUGGCGCUGCGCAUGAGCCGUGACACCAGCCAGCUGCUGUGGUACGGCCUGGUGGCGCUGACGGAGCAGCUGCUGCUGCACAAGUUGGAGCACCAGCGGUACGUGCUGGUGGCCGGCCAACACCAAGGGCAGGUGGCCCGCUACGGCCACCAGCGCGACGAUACGACCUCGGCGGACUGUCUGCGACUGGCCUUCGAGCAGGACCUCAACCUGGUGCUCUACCGCCACUGGAGCCUGUUCGACAGCCUGCGUUUUACGCCGCUCGUGGCAUGCCAGUUUAAGCUGUUCACGUUCAAGGGCGAGAAGCGGCUGUACGAGUUCCUGGCGGAGCUGGGCCUGCCGCUCGUGCAGUGCCGCCAGAAGUUCGCCUCCAUGGACAUGGGCCUGCGCGCGCAGGUGCGCGACCUCGUCCAGGCCAAGACCGACAAAUACCAGCUGGACGGCUUGUUGUACGGCUCGUUCCAGGCGCGCUAUGGCUUCCGCCAGCAUAUGGCCGCCGCCGACGUGGUGCACGCCAUGGUGGCGCUGCUGGAGAAUCCGGACGCGCGCCGCGCCCCUGACGACUGCUUCAUGGACGCGUUGGCUGCGCUUGACCGCCGCCAGGAACCGCUGCUGCGCCGCGGCAUCGCGCUCGCCGAGAGGCUCGCGGAGGUGACGUAUGCCACCGUGCAGGGUCUGCUGGACAUGCACCAGGUGAUCUCAGUGGGAGCCUUCCUCUACGCCGCCGUGUCGGACGGCGAGCCCAACGCACACUUCUUUGCCCGGCCCAACUGUCUCGCCAUGCUGGCGCACUUCGCGCUGCGCGCGCACGUGGCCGCCGAGCGGUCGAAGCGCUCGCGCCAGCUGCCGCUGAUUCUGUCAGCGCCGCUGGCGCCGGAGUCGGGCGCCUGCCUGGUAAUCGGCGUCCCGCCCGUGUCCGAGCAGUCCCCGCGCAACCUGUUCGGCAAGGCGUUCGAGAAGGCAGCCGAGCGCAUCAGGGCCGACGUCCGGCUGCGCAGCUUCGACGCGUCCGUGGUCGAGCUGCGCACCGAUGACCGCACGCGCUUCCUGGACGCGCUGGCCUCGCUGCUGGCUUGAGCUCGUUCGGCUGCUGGUCAAGCUCGUCCCGCCACCGGUCUGAGCUAGUCCCGCUGCUGGCCAAGCUCGUCCUGCUGCCGGUCUGAGCCCGUCCUGCUGCUGGUCCAGCUCGUCCCGCUGGUGGUCCAGCUCGGCCCGCUGCUGGUCCAGUUCGUCCCGCUGCCGGUCUGAACUCGUCCCGCUGCUGGUCAAGGUUGUCCCGCUGUUGGUUGAGCUUGUCCCGCUGCCGGUCUGAGUUCGUCCCGCUGCCGAUCUGAGCUCGUCCCGCUGCCGGUCCAGCUCGUCCGGAUCCUGGUCCAGCUCGUCCCGAUGCUGGCCCAACUCGUCCAUAUGCCGGUUUCGUUCGUCCCGCUGCCGGUCCGAGCUUAUCCCGUUGUUUGUCCGGCUCAUUUCGUCGGUAGUUGAUCGGCUGCUGCUGCUGCUGCUGCCCAGAACGGCUGCAGUUGCCGACCGACCCCGCUGUCUUGGGUGUGCAGGCGCGGGCCGGCCGCACUAGGAUCAGGGCAUCACCACUAUGACCGCUAACAGGCGGGGAAGCCUCGUGCGCUUACGUCGCCGGGUACCUCGUGUCACAGGCCCGUGAACAAGUGCGGGCCGACGCACCAUCGCCGGCGGUGCGGAGCCAGUCCGGGACGAGCACGCGAGAGCUGGGAGUCGGGGCUCGGCCCAGGGUUGGCCCUGGUGGUUGCGGGGCAGUGGCAGGCGGCUCGGCCCGAGUGUCGGCACACGGAGUCGCUUGUACUGAGCUUGCUCGUGAUAGCGCGGCUUUGUGUGUCGUGUGUAAGAUCGACGCCUGCUGCUUUGGACGUGGAUUUGGUGUGUGAAUAGGGUAGGCUGGAUACUACAGUCGCGUUUUCCGUGUGAUGGAAGGGAACGCUAUUAAUGCAUCAAUGCCUGCGACUGGGCUAUGUGCGGGUGUAUCGUAUAGUUUAAUAUUAAAAAUGGUCUUCCAGGAUUUAUGGCAGGUUUGAUGUCCGCUUUAGGGUGAUUCUGCCGCAUGUUCCGAUGUUGGGUGUGAAGGCAUACUGCGUUCUACAAUGCCCACCUGGAUGUAAAUGUAGACAGCUAUCAUCAAAGUA